GACUAAGGAGGGAAAGGGAAGACCUGACGGACAGGCUUCACAGGGAGCUGUGGUCACUCACACUCUUCCUUACACACUCCCACACACCUUGGAGAGAGGGUCUGCUUCCACCGACUGGCCGAGGUCCCAGAGUAGACUUGAGGGAAAGUUUGAGGCAUUACAGCAAACCUAGAGAAUAGUACUUAGUGGUAGGAAGAAGUGCAGGUGACUUGAAGAUCAGUUAGAAGUUGACAAGAAGUGUUGUUGCCUGCAAGUUGGAGUCGUUGAGCUGUGAUCAUUGGGUGUCUACCGUCAUUACAGUCUUUUUUUAGUGCUUUAUUUUUACCCUAGGACUGCGUUCUUGCACACCGGGCCACAAGUGUGCAUGCUUCUGCCUACAAGUAAGCUUGUGUGCCUUUCAUCUGAGUACUUGAAACCGAGCCAUGGCCGACACCGACUUCAAACUGGAGCGUGCUGUCUUCGCUGAAGUCUCUGAUGACGACGACGAGGAGGUCUCCUUGAUGCCUGCUGCCACCAAAACUGCCACCGUCUCCAAAGUGUUCAAAUCAAAACGAGGCGACGACGAUGACGAUGAUGACUCUGAGGAAGAGGUGGACCUGGUGCUGGGGCCUGGACUCGAUGGAGGCAGCAGCGGUGAGGCCCAGAAGUCCGAGGCCCAGGCUACAGGCAUGAAGGUCCUGGCACUCCUAGACAAGAUCAUAGGUGUGGUGGACCAGAUCCAGCAGACUCAGACCGGUCUGGAGGCCAAGCAGGAGACCAUGGAGAAGAACAUGAGCAGCAUCCAGACGGAGCUGGCCAAGCUGGCCAAGAGUCACGUUGGGACGGCUGGGACGGUCAACAAGCUCCUGGACAAGGUGCGAAAGGUGAACGUCAAUGUGAAGAGUGUGCGCACGGACCUGGAGAAGCAAGCGGGACAGAUCAAAAAACUGGAGAACAAUGAACACGAGCUCCUCAAGAGAAAGAACUUCAAAGUGCUUAUCUUCCAGGACAAGGUGAAACCUGUGAAGGUCUCUAAGAAGCCAGUGGCUGCAGAAGAGGAAGGAGAGCAGGUGCUGAGUGAAGGAGCAGAGGAAGACCGUGGCUCUGAGGAGGAAGUUGAGGUUGAGGAGAUCAUAGAGGAAUCUCGUGCUGAGCGCAUCAAACGCAGCGGCCUCCAGAAGGUGGACAAGCUGAAGAUGGCUUUCAGCAAGGAGCACAUGGAGAAGACCAGACAGAAAACCAAGGAGAACCUGGAGAAAACCCGACUCAGAACUAAAGAGAACUUGGAGAAGACACGCCAGAGAACCCGAGAGAACCUUGAGAAGACCAAGAUGAGCCUGGGGAAGAAGAUGGGUAAGCUAGGAACAAAGAUGACGCCUAACACUGAACGCCGUGAGAAGAUCCGCAGCUCCAGAGAGAAGAUGAAGAAGUCACUGAAGCCUGACCACCCCAUCUACGCCCGCUCCAAAUCAUCCACCUACCGCGUACCACCCUUCACCUUCCACGUCAAGAAGGUCCGUGAGGGUGAGAUCGAACCCACACCAGAACCAGAGGAAGAGGACGAGGACAAGGACGAGCAGGUGGAGCAGAAUGAGGAGGUCCAGGAGGAAGGAGGCCUAGUGUCAAGGGUGGAGGAAGGUGAACUGGUCAAUCUUGAGAGCCCAGAGAUGGAGGCCUUACUAGAGGCAGCGGAUCAAUCACGGCUGGUGUUCCAGGAGACGGUGAGGCCGAGGGAGAAGGCCAGCCAGUGAGUCCAACACGCCGAGCCCUGGAAAGCUCAACAUGGGAAAAUAAUGUGGAAGUCUGGAGAUAAAUAAGGCUAAAAGGAUGUAGGGAACUGAGAUGUGCUUGAGAACGGAUUAAAGGAGUCGACUGGACCUUUGGCUGAACAUUUAGUUUGUUUGUUUGAUUUCUUCUUAUUAUCUUCUCAACCACAAGGUUGUUGUUUUUUUUGUUUGUUUUUUGUUCAGCUGUCAAUUUUUCAAUCAACUACUGAUCAAUUUUGUGUCUCGAACCGAAUGAUACUCAAAAAAGAUCAAAUAAUUUUUUAUGUGAUUACCAACACUUAAUCUUAAAUCUUACAAAAAAAAGAAUGUUAUAGUAUUUUCAGGAAAGGCGGGUGUGAGGAGGUUUGCACUUCACAAGAAUAUUUUCACAAACACUCUCAUGGCAUUUAAUUAGACAU